AUGGCCGUCGGCGCGUCCCCCGCCGCCUCGGACGCGGCGCGGGAUCUCGCGAAAGCGAAAGCGGCGGCGGUGCGCGCCGCGCUCGAGGCGGCGGCGGACUCGCCGACGGCCAUGAAGGCGGAGGACGCCGAACUGGGAGGGGGGGAACUUGGAGGCGCGAAACCGGCGUACGUCGUCACCGAGCACGGGGACGAAUAG